AUGUUGAUAAAUUCUUCUUUUGCUGUGAUGCAUCUGUCAGUUGCAGCUGUAUUGAUAUCAUUAGUUUCUUUUGCUAAUGCAUUUACCAGAAAUGACUUCCCUCCUAACUUCUUGUUUGGUGCUGGAACUUCAGCUUAUCAGGUUGAAGGUGCUGCAAAUGAAGAUGGCAGGAAACCAAGUAUAUGGGAUACCUUUGCAUAUGCUGGCAAUGCAGGACAAUUCGAGGGAAAUGGGGACAUUGCAUGCGACCAAUAUCACAAAUAUAAGGAUGAUGUCAAACUCAUGGCGAAAAUGGGCUUAGAUGCCUAUAGAUUUUCCAUAUCAUGGUCAAGACUUAUUCCAGAUGGGAAAGGGCCUAUAAAUCCGAAGGGACUGCAGUAUUACAACAACCUUAUCAACGAAUUAACAAGCCAAGGAAUCCAUCCACAUGUUACAUUGCAUCAUUGGGAUCUACCACAAGCACUUGAAGAUGAAUACCUAGGAUGGGUUAGUCGAAGAAUUAUAAAAGACUUCACAGCAUAUGCAGAUGUAUGCUUCAAAGAGUUCGGAGAUAGAGUUAAAUAUUGGACCACAGUGAAUGAGGGGAAUGGGGGUGCAAUAGCAGGCUAUGGUUCUGGGUCUUUACCACCUCAAAGGUGUUCUCUUCCCUCUAUAUAUAAUUGCUCCAAAGGCAAUUCUUCAACUGAACCAUAUUUGGCAGCGCAUCAUAUGUUGUUAGCACACGCCUCAGCUGCGAGACUGUAUAGGAAAAAGUAUCAGGUCAAGCAACAAGGUUUUAUUGGGUUUAAUCUCAUUGUUUUUGGUUUGAUUCCACUAACAAAUACUCGUGAAGACAUAAUUGCCACUCAGAGAGCUAAAGACUUCUAUAUUGGAUGGUUUAUGAAUCCCUUAACAUUUGGAGAGUAUCCUCGCACCAUGAAAAAGAAUGUUGGCUCAAGACUUCCUUUCUUCACGAGUAGGGAAUCAAAUUUGGUUAAGGGCUCAAUAGACUUUCUUGGAGUCAACUUUUACAACACAUUUUAUAUUAAGGACAACCCUGGUAGUCUGCAGAAAAAGAAUAGAGAUCAUAUGGCAGAUAUGGCCGCAGAGAUUAAGCGUAUGAUUAUUUCUAUGUUAUUUAUUGCACCAAUUUGA